CCAUACAGUUUUUCUCUGUGAUAUUGGUUCUGCUGGCAAAGAUCAUGGUGGGGUUGCCCUCGUAAUGGUUCUUGGGGUGUUGAUGCAUGAGAGGGCUGCAUUGAGAAAUUUCCUUUGCAAAAAUUUUUUUAAGUGCGUGUGUAGAAAUUAUAACAUAGAUUCUUAAAUUCACAGAGUUUUUUGGUGUGUAUAAAGCAGUUAUAUUGGAUUUUAUGAACAACAAUUAAUAUAGUUUAUAAAGAUACCCGAGCAGUUUUAUGGGGUGUAUAGAGUGAUUUUUGUCGUUCUCAUUUUCUUAAUACACCCGGAAAGUUUUACUUUCACAGGGCAAUCUUAUUCACAUUUCUAAAUACACCCACCCAAUUUAUGUAACUGUAACAUCGUUUCUAAAUACACUUCCACAAUUGAAUAAGCAUUUUUAAUUCAUAUUUAGUUACCGUUAAAUUUGGGUUGAGUUCAAAAUCCCAUGUCCGUUAAGACUUUGAUUUUCCUCGUCCUUUUGGCGCCAUGAAAUGAACCACUCCAUAUUGAAUCUUCUAAACAGGUGCCAAACCUGCAAAUCCUUGAAAUCCAUCCAUGCCCAUCUUUUUGUUACUGGAUCAGUGACCUCAUCUGAUCUUGUCCUCAAUAGGCUUCUACGCCUAUACUCACGCUUUGGAGCCAUUCCUUAUGCCCGCAAGACGUUCGAUGAAAUUUCUCAACCAAAUGCCUUCCUUUGGACCGCCUUGAUAUAUGGGUAUGUCGAGAAUCGUCAAUACGAGGAAGCGUUUUCACUGUUUCGCCGUAUGCACAAUUACUCUGUCAUGCCCUUGAACUUCACUAUUGCGUCCGUGCUCAAGGGUUUAGCUCGGCAGACGAGAGUUAAAGAUGGGGAAGCAAUUUGUGGGUUCGCUUUGAAAUCUGGUUGUGGUUUUGAUUUGGUAGUUCAUAAUGCAGUAAUUGACUUGUUCAUGAGAUGUGGGAAAUUAGAUACGGCAAGAUUGGUAUUUGAGGAUAUGGAUGAAAGAGAUGUUGUUUCUUGGAAUGCAAUGAUCUCUGGUUAUGCAAGUAAUGGUAGAGUCGAUAUUGCACGACAGUUAUUUGACAGCAUGCCUGAAAGGAAUGUGAUUUCUUGGACAAGCAUGAUUUCUGGGUAUGUUAAGUCAGGGGAUAUUGUGGAGGCAAAAUUUCUUUUUGACAAAAUGCCCAUGAAAGACUCAGCUUCAUUAAAUGUGAUGAUUUCUGGGUAUAUCGAUUCUGGUGACAUUGAGUCUGCUCGUUGCUUAUUUGAAGUGAUGCCAGAUCACGAUGUUGGGACUUGGAACCUAAUGAUUACAGGUUUUUGUAAAGCGGGGCAAUUUGAAUCUGCCAAAAACUUCUUUGACAGAAUGUCAAAGAGGAACGUUGCUUCAUGGACCAUAAUGUUGGAUGGUUAUAUGAAAACUGGGGAUGUUAACGGUGCCAGGUGCUUAUUUGACCAGAUACCUGAGAAGAAUUUGGUCUCCUGGUCUACCAUGAUUGGGGGUUAUGCAAGAAAUUCACAGCCUAGAAAUGCUUUGGAAAUGUUUAAAAACUUUAAGGCACAAGGCAUUAGACCAGAUGAGACUUUUAUAUUAGCAAUCAUCUCAGCUUGCUCACAAUUGGGAAUUCUAGAUAUAGCUGAAUCAAUUAUUAGUGACUGUGAAGGAACUUUAAACCUUUCGAGUCUCCAGGUGGUCACCAGUUUGAUUGAUAUGUAUGCAAAAUGUGGAAGCAUUGAAAGAGCAGCUCAAGUGUUCAAUAGAGCAUAUAAGAAAGAUUUGCUUUGCUAUAGCACAAUGAUUGCAGCCUUAGCAAAUCAUGGACUGGGUCAUGAAGCUAUCUCUUUGUUUGAGGAGAUGAAGAGCACAAACAUAAAACCUGAUGGAGUAAGUUUUCUUGGGGUUCUGAGUGCCUGUAAUCAUGGUGGCCAUGUCAAUGAAGGCUGGAGGUACUUCAGACAAAUGAAAGAUGAAUAUGGAAUUCAUCCUUCCCAAAGACACUAUGCAUGUGUUGUUGAUCUCCUUGGCCGUGCUGGAUGCUUGGAAGAAGCACUUAACUUCAUUUGUAACAUGCCAGUCGCACCAAAUUCAGCUGUAUGGGGUGCUUUGCUUGCGGCUUGUAGAGUCCAUUGCAAUGUCCAAAUGGCUGAAGUUGCCGCAUCAGAGUUAUUCAAGAUUGAGCAAACCAAUUCUGGUAAUUAUAUCCUAUUGUCCAAUAUCUAUGCUGCUGCAGGAAGGUGGGAUGGUGUAUCGAAAGUGAGAGCAAUGAUUAGAGAGCAGCGGGUUAGAAAAAAUAAAGGGUCAAGCUGGAUUGAGUUGGGAUCUGAGGUUCAUGAAUUUGUCAUGGGUGAUAGAUCACAUUCUAAUUUAGAAAGCAUCUACCUUAUGUUAGAUUUACUUAGAUCAGAUAUGAAGUUCCUGGGAUAUUUGAUAGACCAUGAAGGUGAAGAAGUUAUCUUACCAUCUAAAUGGCCGCCUAAUAUAUACUCUUACAACAUGUUACAUGAUGGAUGAUCCACACUUGUACAUGUUACAGGAAUAAUUUGGAUUUUAAUUUCCCAUUCUUUUGUUCACAGAAUCCUCUAUAUAGUUGUUAAUCACGGUUGAAAAUUCUCUAACCAUGCAGAUCAAGUAUCUAAAAUUGUUUGCACCCUCAGUUUAUGUUGUUGACGUUUCUCAUUUGGGUUGUAUAUGGUAGAGCAUUGGUUGCAAAUGCCGGCAGAUAAAAGAGUAGAUUUUAACCUCUUUGUUGAACAACGUAUAUUUCGAUUACUUUGGACCUAGGUUGGAGCAGAAGUGAGAUAUAAUCGUAAAUCAAUACAAAAUGUAUAAUAUUUUGUGGUAUACUACUAUGUUUUCCCACUAAAUUGCCCAAUGUAUGGACAUUCUAGUCAGCGUAGCCAAGUGAGACCUUGACUAGGUGAUAUAGUGACAUAAAAGCUGCCUUGCUAAUACUCUGGACACCACGUCGUGUGUUUCUGUUUGUAUAUUUCUGAAGCUUAGUUGUAUAGAAGAUAAAGAUUUGUGUAGCCGACACAAAUAGUUAAAUUCCAAACCAUCAAUAACAUUCAUAUU